UGUCAAAAGAGAAGAGUGGGCGUGUUUGUUUUGUUUUGAAUGUGAAUUUGAAUUUUUAUUAAUUUACGUUUUAGGCUCUUUAUUAUAUAUUUAAUGUUAAAUAUACAACUUUAUUUCACUUAUAAAUGCAUAGGUUUAGUGAAAUGUAGUGUGUUUGUUUUAAUUCAAAUGAUACUGAAAGGGAAAGUAUAAAACCACAACAGUGAUGUAACCAUGACCAAUAGGCUUAGUGAAAGCUGUUCACAGGAGUAACAUUAGAAAGUUAAUCCGUUUAAUAUUGGUUUUUUCACUGUCACUGGAUUUAUUGACUAGGUUUUUGUGACUCUGUAGUGUCUUGAGCUUCAUCUGCAUGAGAAUAAGUGUACAGUGGUUCUUUGUUGACAAAGUUGAUUUAAUUAUAUAGUAUAAUUACUCCUCAAACAAGUGAUUUUACUUUGAUAAGAACAGACAAUGAGUGCUUCUUUGUCAGAAAGAUUAAUUCCAAAAGGAAAAGUAGUGGUUAAUAAUAAUGGAUUUAUAAAAUCUACAAAAUCUGAACAUACAGACAAUUCAAAAAAUUCAAAAACAACCAGUAUAAUAUUUGUUUCACUAUUAUUGGAUUUACUUGCAUUUACUAUGAUUCUCCCACUCUUGCCUUCAUUGAUGGAACAUUACAGAAAGUAUGAUGACGAAAAUGGUUUAUAUCCAUGGCUCUUGAACAAAUUAGAAUAUUUAAGGAAUCUUGUUGGAGCUCCAGAACGUUUCAAUUCAGUACUUUUUGGAGGCUUGCUGGGUUCACUGUUUUCUUUUCUCCAGUUUGUUGCGUCUCCUAUAGUUGGAGGACUGUCUGAUGCAUAUGGAAGGAGGCCAGUUCUCAUAUCAUGCCUGGUUGGCAUAGCAUGUUCAUACGUGUUGUGGGCACUGUCGCACAGUUUUGCUGUGUUUGUGUUGGCGAGAGUGGUCGGAGGCAUCAGUAAAGGCAAUGUCAGCCUGUCAAUGGCGAUCAUCACCGAUGUUUCCACUACUGCAACCAGAGGAUUUGGUAUGGCACUGGUGGGUAUAGCCUUCUCCAUCGGAUUUAUCGUUGGUCCUGUGAUCGGUGCAAUGUUUGCACGCUGGGCACAGACCCAGGCCGGACACUCAGACUGGUUCACUGUGCCAGCAAUGUUCGCCCUCUCUCUUGCUGUCAUUGACGUCCUCUUUGUGGUUCUCUGCUUCCAGGAGACCUUGCCGAAGAACAAACGAGCAUCUAUAACUCAGAGCCUAAGUCAGGCGUCAGCUUACAUCAGCAUUCCAGCACUAUUCAACUUCACAGCUGUCACCGGCCUCUCUCACAACGAUAGUAAGGAGUUGACUAUGUUGGGUCUGGUAUAUUUUGUCUACUUGUUCCUCUACUCCGGGCUGGAGUUCACAAUUACGUUCCUGACUCACCUCACUUUUGGCUUUACUUCCAUGCAGCAAGGCUAUAUGUUCUUCUGUAUUGGUCUGGUAAUGGCCAUCCUGCAGGGUGCCUGGGUCCGCCGGAUUCCGCCUCAGUCCACCAAAAAAAUGGCUGCCCAUGGACUCCUGCUGAUCGUGCCAUCUUUCCUGUGUGUCGGCCUGGCAUCUUCUCCACUACUAUUGUACAUUGGUCUCUUCCUUUUUGCUGUCUCCACGUCUAUCGUAGUGCCUUGCAUGACUACCAUGGCGUCCCAGUUCGGCACUGACGCACAGAAGGGAACUGUGAUGGGCAUCUUCCGCUCCCUUGGGGCCCUUGCUAGAGCCAUGGGACCUGUAUUCGCAUCUCUUUGUUACUGGUCACUGGGAUCUACGCUGACGUAUUGUCUCGGAGGGGUAGCCUUGUUGUGGCCCUGGUACACGCUCUUCCGCUCCAGGCGGUAGCAUUUUUCCUUAUGUAACCAAUACAGUAUUAUUAUAUGUGUUUACAAAUAUGUAAAUAUACGUUUUUACCAUAAUGGA